GCGAUUCGGGAGAAUUUCCGAAAGGAGCGACAGGUGAACGCGCCGUGGCCCGUGCCCGGGCUCGUCACCGAGGGCGUCCUCGUGGAGACGUUUGAAAGAGGCGAGGCGCUGUCGAGCACGAUCCGCCGCGGGUGCGAGCACAACAAGACGCUCUGCGCGCACGGCGUCGACGCGUACCUCAAGAUGCUCCUGCGGGAUAACUUCCUUCACUCGGAUUUACACCCCGGGAACAUUCUGUUUCACUUGCACCAAAUCUCCGACGCGGACCCCAGCGCGUCCGCGGCGGCGCUCAACGCGAUCAAAGGCGAGGUCAGGCUCGUGCUCUUGGACUUUGGGAUCGCGGACGAGCUCCCUCAGGACGUGCGCGAUCGGUUCUUGACGUUUCUCUUCUCGCUCGUUCGCGAGGACGGCCCGGCGGCGGCGGACGCCAUCUUAGGAUGGAGCUCGGAUCAAAAGUGCGUCGGCGCCGCCGCGGAGGCGCUCCGAGCGGACAUGACCGCGCUCAUACGCGAGUCGUGCAGGAUAACGAAGCAACGCGUGGACAUCGACGCGGUGUUGAAGAAGGUGCUCACGCUGUUGCGUCGGCACGGCGUCUCCGUGGACGCGGUGUACGCGUCGCUGGUCGUGUCCAUGUGCGUGCUGGUCGGGUUCGCGAACGCGCUGGACGACGAGCUGUGUCUGUUUGAGGUUGCCGUGAGCGCGUUCAUGUCGUACUCCGUGACGGGGGAGGUCGUCGGGAAGCUCUUCGAGAAGUAAACGUAGCGUUGACGUGAAGCGAGUUCCAAACAUUUUUC